CCGGCGAACAACUGAUAUCCCCGUGGAUAUUCUCAGCUGCAAGGAGGACUUUGGGCAGACUAGACCAGACCGUUAUAAGCUGUGUCGACUGUGACGCAAAAGUUAAAAGGAUCAACUGCAGCACAUCAUUCCUCUCAUUCAACAUCUACAGCAGCCAUGGGCGGGGGAUUCAGAGGCACAAUCACUGACCACCCAGACUUCGAUGCCAAUGGCGAUGCGGAGGCCCUGUACAAUGCCAUGAAAGGCUUCGGCAGCGAUAAGGAAGCCAUUUUGGAUCUCAUCGCUUCCAGAAGCAACGCCCAAAGACAAGACAUCAGAGCAGCCUACAAAUCAACUUAUGGAAAGGACCUGAUCGAUGAUCUGAAAUACGAGCUGACGGGCAAAUUCGAGCGUCUGAUCAUCGCAUUGAUGAGGCCGCCCGCGUAUCACCUUGCCAAAGAGAUGAAGGAUGCCGUCAAGGGCGCUGGAACCGAUGAGAAAUGUUUGAUUGAGAUCAUGUCCUCCAGUACCAAUGAACAGACGCACGCUCUUCGGGAAGCCUACCAGGACGCCUAUGGUAUGGAUCUGGAGGAGGCUGUUGUUGGCGACACUUCAGGACACUUUAAGAAAAUGCUGGUUGUUUUACUCCAGGGGACCAGAGAAGAGGAGGGUGUUGUGCAUCAGGACCUCGUGGAAGAGGACGCUCAGCACCUGUUUGCAGCAGGAGAGGAGAAGUAUGGAACAGACGAGGCUGUCUUCAUCAUGCUGCUGGGAAACCGCAGUGUCACCCAUCUCAGGCUCGUGUUUGACGAGUACCAGAAGAUUGCUGAGAAGUCCAUUGAGGACAGCCUCAAGAGCGAACUCUCUGGAGACUUUGAGAGGCUAAUGCUGGCUGUUGUGCAGUGCAUCAGGAGUGUCCCCAUGUACUUUGCCAAACGUCUCUACAAAUCCAUGAAGGGUAUGGGAACAGCUGACAACACGCUGAUCCGCAUCAUGGUGUCCCGGGCCGAGCAAGACAUGCUGGACAUCAGGGAAUGCUUCCGGCUGCGCUAUGAGAAGUCACUGUACAGCAUGAUCCAGGACGACACUUCAGGGGAAUACAAGAGGACUCUUCUCAAACUGUGUGGAGGAGAUGACGACGUGGCGGGAGAGUUCUUCCCAGAGGCCGCUCAGAUCGCAUACAAGAUGUGGGAAAUCAGCUCCAUGACCAGAAUUACGCCUAGAGGAACGGUCUUCCCCGCUGCUGACUUCGACCCCGGCAGUGAUGCCCAGGACCUGAGGAAAGCUAUGAAGGGAUUUGGCACGGACGAAGAUGCCAUCAUCGACAUCGUGGCACGGAGGAGCAACGAGCAGAGGCAGGAGAUCAGACAAGCCUUCAAGUCUAUCCUCGGAAGGGACCUCAUGAAGGACCUGAAAUCGGAGCUUUCUAAGAACCUGUGCAGACUCAUCAUGGGCCUUAUGAUGACUCCUCCUGAGUUUGACGCCAAGAUGAUGAAGAAGGCCAUUGAGGGAGCGGGUACUGAUGAGCAUGCUCUGAUCGAGAUCCUGGUGACGCGGAGCAACGAGGAGAUCCAGGCCAUGUGUGCAGAAUAUCAGCAAGCCUACAAGAAGAGCCUGGAGGAUGCCAUUAGGUCAGACACCUCUGGUCAGUUCUGCAGGAUUCUUGUGUCGCUAGUCCAGGGUGCGCGAGAGGAUGGGCCUGUAGAGCUGGACAGGGUAGAGGAAGAUGCACAGACGUUGGCAGAUGCCUGUAACGAUGACUCUGAUGAGAGGGAGAUGAAGUUCAUGGCCGUCCUCUGCACCAGGAGCUUCCGCCACCUCAGGAAAGUGUUCCAGGAGUUUGUCCUCAAAACCAACAAAGACAUUGAGCAGGUCAUCAAGAAGGAGAUGUCUGGAGAUGUCAAACAGGCUUAUUAUGCCAUCGUCAGGAGUGUGAAGAAUCAGCCCUCCUAUUUUGCUGACCGCUUGUACAAAGCCAUGAAGGGCCUGGGCACAGACGACAGGGCUCUGAUCCGGAUCAUGGUGUCCAGGUGUGGCAUCGACCUCUUCAACAUCCGCAAGGAGUUCAAAGAGACGCACGACGCCUCGCUCCAUGAAUUCAUCCAGGUAGAAGCGUUCGUCGGUGAUACUUCUGGGGACUACCGCAAAACCCUGCUGUUGCUAUGUGGAGGAGAAGACUAAAAACUGCCCUGCCUGGACAGACGCAGCUCUUGUUGCCCCGGCAACCACUGUAGCCUACUAACUCUUCCAAAGACAGACACCGGCCUGUAGAACCUUGCAAGGGCUCUUGUGAACUUUCUGGAGUACCGUCCAGUCCAGUGCUCCAGCUCCCACUAUAAACGGUAACUUUUACAGUGUUAUAUCAACACAUUAGAGUGUUAAAUUUAACAUAGACAGUAUUUGUCUUACUCUCUGAGUGUUGAAUUAACACUGCAAAAUGCACUGUGUUCUAAAGUGUUAAUGUAACACUUAAAGAGUCGAAUCCAACACUCCCGUUGUUAGUGUUACUCUCAAAGUGUUGACCUAAAACAGCAAUUUUGACUAUGUUUGCGCCCCCCCCCCCAAUCACCCCCGUGCUGCUGCCACUUAAUGCCAAAGCUUGUGACCUUUCACCCCCCCGCCCUGUGCACUUUUCCCAGCGAUAUGCCGUCACACACUGUGUCUGAAACCCCCACCACUGCGGUGGAACAGGAUGUCGAAUUGUUUUAUGUUAACUUUUUUUAACUGAAUACAUGUGUUUUCUGGAGUUUGAAGACAUUACAAAGCUUUAAUGGAGGUUUUAAACGGCAAAGUGUUCCUUCCUUGUACAGGUGGCGUUCUCGUAGCUGUUGUCAUGUUGAUGUCAUAACGUAAACCUCACCUGUAGCCACUGGAUGAAGGUGCUGUCCUGUCCUUUCAAAUAAAUGGAAAACCUGUGAAAGUAA